AUGACCUCCAAGUCGAUAGCAGUCAUCGCCGGAUUGGGCAAUGGCACCGGCAUCGGCGCUGCUGUAGCCCGCCAGUUCGCUUCGCGGCACUUUAGGGUUGCCGUCAUCGGCCGCCAGGGAGCGAAUACAGUGGCCGACGAUAUCAAUGCAUCAGGCGGUGAGGCAGCAACGUUUGCCCUUGCCGACUACGACUUCAAGAGCAUCCAGGGCACUUUCAAGGACAUCCGUGCCAGAUGGUCCGACGGCAGGGUCAGGGCGGCCAUCUGGAACACUGCACAGUGGAGCAUGGUUCCCUUUCUGGAUGUCACGGAGGAGCUCAUCCAGCAAUCUGUCAAGAUCAACAUCGUCGCGUCCUUUGCGUUCGCACAGGAAGCCAUCAAGCUGAUGCUCGAGCCCGGUACCGACACCGAACCGCCCGGUGGCAGUCUGCUCUUCACUGGUGCCACUUCAGCCACGCGAGGCGCAAAGAACUUCUCCGCCUUCUCGGCCGGCAAACACGGUCUACGUGCUCUCUCCCAGUCGCUCGCUCGCGAGUUCGGUCCCGAGAACAUACACGUGGCUUUCGUCAUUGUCGACGGUGUCAUCGCGACCGAUCGCACCCAUCAAGUCUUCACCUCACAGGAAGCCAAAGCGAUGCUGGCCGACAAGCACAAGCAUCUCGAGCCCGACUCGAUUGCCAAGGCGUAUCUAUAUCUUCACGAGCAAGACGUCUCUUGCUGGACGCAUGAGCUCGAUCUUCGUCCCGCGCACGAGAAGUUCUGA